AUGGAGGAAACCUCUCUGCUGCUGCUGCUCUGUGUGACCUCACUGCUGAGCUGCACAACAAACCAAGCCUCUCUGACUGUGAGUCCCAGCAGCUCUCAGCUGUUCAAAGGACAGUCUGUCUCUCUGAGCUGUGAGGAGGACGACAGCUCUGCUGGAUGGACUCUGAGGAGGAACACAACCAGAGACACCAGAACUGAAUGUGGAGCUGACUGGGGAGAACCUGCUGGUUCUGUCUGUAACAUCGGCCUCAUCCUCCCAUGGGACAGUGGAGUUUACUGGUGUGAGUCCAGAGAGGGAGCAACCAGUAAGAGCAUCAACAUCAGUGUCACUGGUGGAUCAGUGAUCCUGCAGAGUCCUGUCCUCCCUGUGAUGGAGGGACAUGAUGUCACUCUGCACUGUAAAACAAAGACGUCCUCCAACCUCCCAGCUGCUUUCUAUAAAGAUGGCUCCUUCAUCAGGACUGAGCCUGCAGGUCACAUGACCAUCCGCCAUGUAACCAGGUCUGAUGAAGGCCUCUACAAGUGUGACAUCACAGGUCAUGGAGAGUCUCCACCCAGCUGGCUCACUGUCACAGGUAGACCUACAACCACAGCUCCACCUCCUACAUUGACCCCGCCCACAUCUGCAGCCCCGCCCCCUGACUCAGACCACCUCCACCUUGUGUUCAGAUUGCUCCUCCACCUGGUGGUGUUCUGUCCGUACUGCAUCUCCACUUUCAUCAUGGUGUCUUUAUAUCGACAACGACCCACAGGAAAUGACCUGCCCGUCUCCAUGGUGAUAACCCUGCCCACCCAGGCUGAGGAGGGAUUGGACGAUGAUGAUGAUGUCAUCACUGCUGUCACCACGGAGCAUCACUUCUGAACUGAUGUGAAA